UAGUAAAUAAAAUAAAAUAAAAUAAAUCCUAUUUUGAUACUCCUAGCGCCAUCGGACGGAUAUUUUUAGAAGUAACUUUUCAAAAAUAUAAUUUUUGCAUUUCUUUUGCAAUAUUUUAGAGUAUUAUUAACUAAAAAAUUGUUUUCAAAUUUCUAAUAAAUAAUUAAAUCAAACUGAGCAUCUUUUACAUGAUUUAAUAAAGUUUUUAUAAAUCAACCACAUUUAUAACCUCCAAAACUAAUACUUGAUGAAUUCAAUUAUAUUUUUAAUUAGAAAAACUCUGAGAAUGAGUUCAAACGAAUUGCAAUUUAAAAAUAAUAACCCUGGUGCAGUGCAAUAUGGCAAUUUUAUCAAUUAUUACGAAUUUAACCCGCCUUCAAAUAGAAUAACACUCUUACCAUCACAUAUUUGGUCAGCAACACCCAACACAACUGAAGAUACAUUCCUAGCCCUUGAUAUAGGCUGCAAUGCAGGGAACUUAACACAUGAAUUAAUGUGUUUUCUACAAAAACAGCUUCCACAGUCAACAAAACUACAAAUACUUGCUGUGGACAUAGAUCCAGUAUUAAUUGAAAGAGCCAGAGAGAAUUAUACAACUUCCAACAUUCAAUUUGAGACCUCAGAUUGCACUCAAUCAGAUUUUACACUUUUAAUAGACAACUUCCUUAAAAAUAACAAAAAAACAAAGUUUGAUGCAAUUUUUUGUUUCUCCACAACAAUGUGGAUACAUUUGAAUCAUGGUGACAAAGGUUUGCAAGAAUUUUUAAAGAAUAUGACUGCUUUAUGUGAGAUGUUUGUGGUUGAACCUCAGCCAUGGAAAUGUUACACAAGUGCAGUUAAAAGAAUGAAAGGAAACAUUGAAUUUCAACACUUUAAAACCUUAAAAAUGCGGGUUAACGUUGUGAAAGACAUUGAACUAUUCUUUACAAAUGAAUUAAACAUGAUCAAAGUGUUUGAAAGCACAAAAACUGAAUGGAAACGCAUAAUAUUCUGUUUUAAACAUACAAGUGAUCAGAUAAAUUGAAUUGCUUUGUUGUGGAUCAUUAUAUUCACUUAAUUAAAUUAUUAAUUCCUAAAUAA